UUAGAAGCUUGGCAAGUUGGUUCAGUCCUUAGAGCAAGCAGCCAGCCUCUUUCUCUCUCCACUUCUCUGCUUCACUCCUCUGCAACCCCCUCGGCUCCCCCACGCUCCGUCUCAUUUUUCCUCCGUUUCUGUUUCCAUCCCACUCAGACACUGGGAGUGUGUGGACUGUGCUGCUCGCUGUUCUGGAUAGUUUAUAGUAUGGAAGAAAGCCAAGGCUGAAAUCUAACCAGCACAAAAAAAAAAAAAAAACUGCGACAACCAGGUGUCUGGGUGUGAGACCUGCACUGGGAAGGCUCUGUCCUGGGACAGAAAGGCGAUGGCAUCCAAUUUUAAUGACAUCGUGAAGCAGGGAUAUGUAAGAAUCCGCAGCAGGCGUUUUGGGAUCUAUCAAAGAUGCUGGCUGGUGUUCAAGAAAGCCUCCAGCAAAGGCCCAAAGAGACUGGAGAAGUUCUCGGAUGAGCGGGCGGCCUAUUUCCGCUGCUAUCACAAGGUAACAGAGCUGACUGAUGUCAAAAAUAUUACAAGACUACCAAAGACCAAAAAGAAGCAUGCAGUGACAGUGGUUUUCAAUGACAAUACCUCCAAGACCAUUGCUUUUGAGUCAGAGCUGGAGGCGAACGAGUGGUGCAGAGUUCUGCAGACAGAAUGCCUUGGGAGUAAAAGCAAUGACUUAAGCUUGGGGGAACCGGACCUCCUGGCUACUGGGGUAUGCAGGGAGCACAGUGAGCGUUUCCAUGUAUUCUUGAUGCCGUCCCCUAACUUGGAUACCCACGGGGAAUGCCUGCUUCAGAUUACCUUGGAAACCAUUUGUCUCUGGGAUGCACUCAACCCCCGGCUUAAAAUUGUAUCUUGGCCACUAACAGCUCUGCGGCGUUAUGGUCGAGAUAAAACCUGGUUCACCUUCGAAGCUGGAAGGAUGUGUGACACAGGAGAGGGCCUCUUCACCUUUCAGACACGGGAAGGAGAGGCUAUCUAUCAGAAGGUCCACACAGCCGCUCUGUCCAUCGCAGAACAGAAUGACUGGAUCAACAGUGCAUCUAAAAAUGAGAAGAAGACAGAUCAGAGGAAGACUGAAAAAACCUCAUCACCGCUUCUCCCUCUGACCAAACACUGGUCUUGCAUUAGCCCACGCAGCAGCAGGAAGCAAGAAGGCCCUUUAAAACGAGUCUCUCGACCGCCUUUUCCUGGUGUCAGGGAAUAACUUUCCAGUUUUUUUUUUUGUCCAGUUCGCCUGGGUUUUCUGUGUUUUUUUUUUUUUUUUUCUUUCUAAACUCCCACUGGAAAAUCCAUUAUGCUACAUGUACAGCACUUUGUGACAAUCUUGAUUGUAAAAAUGCGCUAUAACGAAUAAAAUCCAAUUGAUUGGUUUGUUUGAUGUCCCGUCCCCAUAGGUCCAGCUGCUCGCAUCUGUGUAGUUUGACCUUUCACACUCCUCCACAUGUUACAGCCCAGUGUGCGUCUUCUUGUCAAGACAACUUUGUCCUAUAGGAAAUUCACCCUAUAGGAAAUGUGAUCUGAAGUUAUGUGAUUCUUCAGUGCAAAUGGACAAGUAAGGAUGUACAGCAAAUAAUGCAGGGAUUAUGUGAGAAACCCUCUACUUGAAGGACUCUCAGGGAUGUUCUUUGAAAAAUUUCCCAUAUCUUUAAUUAUUACGUAGCAUGUACUAGGAAUGAUUCAUAUCUUUUUUUUCCUCCACUGCUUCCUUACCUUUUAACAAUUUCAAGAGAAUGUCAUUCCUUUAAAAGUCUUCAAUGAGAAGAAAACUGGCAGAUGAG